ACCAUAACGCUCGCGUACGUAACUGUCACAAAUUUUAUUUUCUCCCCGUUCUCGCGAAAGCUAAGGUCUUCACGAAAUUCAUGGUGUUAUGUUAAAGAGAUUCACUGUCAAUUGGGUGUUGAAAUACUACCUAAAAUGGAAGAGCUAGCGUGCGUCCGGUGCAUGAGCUCCAAAUUCAGGAAUCCUAACCUCGUGUUUAGUUUCAAUAUAUGUGGGCACACCAUGUGCGCCAAUUGCAUCGAAGUGGCAUUUGUGAAAGGUUCUGGCCCCUGCCCUAAAUGUCUUAUACCUCUAAGGCGUAAUGGUUUUAAGCUCCAGCAGUUUGAAGAUGCUUCAGUUGAUGUUGAAGUAGAAACACGAAAACGAGUACUGCUAGAUUACAACAAGACUGAAGAUGAUUUUGAUAAUAUAGAUGAUUAUAAUGAUUAUUUAGUAGAAAUUGAAGAUAUUAUUUAUAAUUUAGUUAAAAAUAUAAAUGUAGCUGAAACAAGAGAACGAAUUGAGCUAUAUAAAAAACAAAAUAAAGAUAUAAUUAUGAGAAACAGAAUGAAAUUGAAACGUGAAGAACAAGCUUUAGAUGAACUGAUAGAAGAAGAAAAAAUGCAUUCUCAGUAUAAAAGAGAUGAAAUAUUAAGAGAUGAAGCUGAGCAAAGAAAUAAGAAGCUACGAGUUGAUGCAGAAUUGAUUGAUAGUUUGGCAUGUUCUAAUUCUGAUGCUAAAGAUAUUGUAAAUACAUAUGUACAUAAAAAGGAAGAGAUUCCUGUACUUAAACCUAAAUCUAUUUCUAAACCACCAAUUAACUUUACAAAGUUUUCAACUGGUGUCAAAUUUAACCAGCCUUCUCUAUCAAUCCAAAUUAAAGAAGGUCCAUUAUUCAAAUAUGAACCAGUUUCUCAUCAACUUAAUGGUCCUUCCUGCCCUGAAAUUUCACAACUUGAAUCAUUGGGUUAUUUGAAAUACAUCAGAGAGGAAAAUCCCCAAGAAAUUGCUGGUGGAUUUUUAAUAAAAACAUCCUGUUUGCAUUAUAUUCAAGAAUGUGUUUCAGCAUUAUAUGAAAGAAAGACUGGAAAAGUUUAGUGAGUAACUUAUAAUUCACAUUAUGUGUUCAUUACCAAAGUUGUACAGUUUAUAUUUAUUUAUUUCAAUGUAAGAUUAGUAUAUGAUGACUUAAUUUAUAUGUAUAUUUUU